AUAGUACCUGUGCAAACGCCCUCAGCUCCAUCCAUUCCCGGGUCCCCGCUCUUGGACCAUGCUCCGUCCCGCGGCCCUCGGCCUCCUGCUGGCCUGUGCGGCCUCGUUCGGCGGCUCUGCCACCGUCCUGGAGGACGGCGUGCCCGUCGGGUGGGCGCGGGCGGCCGGCACCGUAGCCCAGCUGCCGACGCGGGGCGAGACGGUGACCCCCGACCCCUGGAACCUGCCCAACCGCGCCAGUCUUUACCGGCUGUUGAUCGGCGCCACCGACCCGUUCAUGGGCUCCAUGGGGCCGAACGCUACAGAGAGUCCUCUGUGGGGCCUGUCGCUGCAGCUCGGAUGGAUGGCAACUUCAGGGCGUCUCGCUGACCCGACCCGUUCCACCACCUGCGGCUUGAACACAGGAGACACUACAUGCAUUUCAACUGAGAGCUGGUGGGCUUGCGUGAACUACUUCGUGUCUGUGCUGCCCUUCCUGUCUGCCUCGCAGCAGGGCUUCAUGGGACCUGGAGUCCAGGUCCAGAUGGAGAAGCCUGAAGGCGUAGAGGAGUUCUGCACCGCCUACGCCGACUGUGCCGCCCGCUACCCCGACGCCAUGUCCAAGUGGGACGCCUUUUUUCAGGGCCUGAAGGCUGCGAACCAGUCUCCACAGUCUGACAAGGAGAAGAAAGACUCCAUCCUGGGUCUGUACUGGGCAGCUCAGAUGGCGUCAUUAGAUGCUUCUGCAGCAUGCAAAGCCAGGCAGAGCCACUACCCGUCCAAAGAGGUGACUUUCGCCAACAGCUGGAUGAGCACAGCUGGAUAUGUAGCGGCAGCUCGCUUCCACUCCAGUCUUGGAAAAUCGGCGCCGUUCAUAUCGCCUCUGCCCAGCCUGGUUUUGAAUGACACAGUUGUUCUGAGUUCAGAGGAGCUCCACACGUUAAACACCUUCUCCUGGCUGAAGGUCAUGAACUUCAUACUUGGCGGGAGGUUGAUGCAUCUUUGGGAAGCUGCCAUGUGUACAGUGGAAACUCGAGAGAAAGGCAGAGAGAUGCUGGAAGAGCUCCUGCUCAACCCAAGCUUUCCCACCAACACCCUGAUCUCCCUCAUCAGCGAAAUGAGAAAGGGCUGCUGAGAGGAACAGCAGCUGCAGUCACCUGCAGAGUUCAGAGUUGUAUGUACACUGUACAUAUGUUUAUGUACAGUGUAUAUCAGAGAUUUAUGCUUUAUGCUCCAAUAAAGUGUCAGCACCCUCACCUCUCACUCUUUUUUCAACUUGCCUUAUUACAGACCACAGUGGUGGUCCUCAAACCCAGCCUUGAAGCCCCACUGCUCAAUUCCUGGACCAGGUGUGUUCACUCAGUCACAAGCUUUCUCCUCCUCCUCCUCCUCCUCCUCUCCACCUUCAUCUGAGAUGGUGUAUUCCACUUUCUGGUCGUGAGGCCUCAGGAUUGGGUUUGACAGCCCCUAACCCAGAACUGCAAUCCAACAACGCCCUCUAGCGAUUGUUGAGGGUAUUUUAAAUCAGGUUUAAACCUAUUGGCUUUAUAAAUGACAAACUAGGAAAACAACUAAUGGAAGCAUCUUUAUUUCAACACAUACAAACAUUUACUUUAUCAGACAUUUUAAAUCCCAUGGCAUCAGAUAAAGAUGACGCAAAUGGUCCUUAAAUCCACAAUGAAAAAAACACAAUAAAAAUGCAUGUUAUUAAUGCCAUCUAUCUAUGAUUGUCAGUGGAAAAGCAACGU